AUGCCGCAUCACCAACGCGACGGACUCGAGUGGGAUGAGAGCGGUUUCGACCUGAGGCAUCGCUGGUCACGGCAGCCCCAGCUCAACAACAUUGCUCAACUCUGUCGAAGAGUGUUGGGUCUCUUGGCAGAGGAUCGCUGUUGCGUCUCCUUCCAUGCCGAAGGCGCCUUCAACAAGCUCUAUCUAGUCGAGAGCCCUCGUAGCACAUCUCUGCUCCGCGUGUCGCUGCCUGUUGAUCCCCAACACAGAACACGGGGUAAAGUUAGCACUUUACGCUGGAUUCGCCGCAAAACCCAUGUUCCCGUCCCCAAGAUCAUCGCCUUUGACGACAGCCAGGACAACGAGGUCGGCUUUGAGUGGAUCCUCAUGGACCUGAUGCCUGGCGUCUCUGCUUACAAGAGGUGGCGCAAGAUGUCCAUGGCCGAAAAGACAUGGCUUGUCGAACAAAGCCUCGAGGAUGCCAAAUUCCAAUCCAUCGGCACGCUCUCACCGGAGUCUGAAUAUACUCCUUCUAGUGAACCGAAGCCAGGCCGGAUCGUAUCCCGCACGUUCUUUAUGGGAAACAAUUUCAACUACGAAAUUGCCCGUGGCCCGUUCCGAUCCAGUCACGAUUGGCUGAGCGCGUACUUGAGCAUCAUCCGUCAAGAGCAAACUGAGGUGCUCGCAGAGGAACAAGACCCGGACGACCGAGAGGACGCCGAAGAUAUUAUGCGGGUUGCCGCCAAGUUGACGAAGCUGCUUCCCAAGAUUUUCCCUUCUCUCCAGGAUCCAGCUGAACAAACCGUGCUUUGGCACGACGACCUUUCCCUGCAAAACAUCCUGGUUGACGACGACGGCAAGGUCACGGCGCUGAUCGAUUGGGGGUGCGUCUCAUGCAAACCCCUUUGGGUGGCUGCCGAGAUGCCUAAGUUUCUGCUUGGGCCCGCACGGGAAGAGGAGCUAAAUCGAGAUGGAUAUGGAGACCCCAGCGAUGAUGUCAAGGGGUCGGAUGACCUGGAUGACGAGGGGAAGACGGAGUUGUACUGGAUUCACUUGAUGGAGUAUGAACAGACGCAGCUCCGCAACGUCACGUACGCGGCCUUGAAGUUGGAUUUUUAUGGCGCUGUCGCCCGCUGUGGCGACGGCUGGGCUCUGAAGCGGUCGGAGCAAUGGAUCGACGCCGUAGACAGCGGGGGAUUUUCUCGCUUGCUGGACGUUUUCAGGGGAAGUGUCAACGGCUGUUGA